UCUAACUACGCAAUCGAAACCCCUAUAACAGCCAAAGUAACCAUAACAGGAAAUAUAAAUGGACAAUUUUUAAUUUACGAUAAUCUAUUUGAUAGUGGCACUCAACUAAAAGGAUACUACAAGAAUGGAUUAACCCCAAGACGAGGAGCAAAAUAUGAUGAAUUAUUUAGAUUUUUUGUAAUUUUAGAUUAUAGUUGUGAUAACACAACAGUUAACGGAUUCAUGCAUGAAAAAUUCACUUGGAAUGCUGAUAACUUUAUUUAUGUUGAAGUUACCAAUAGCUUUAUACCAAAUAAGUUUAGAAAUAGAAUAUUUAAUCCAAGAAAAGGUAACAGUAAAGUAUUCAAGACUUCCACACAUAGUUGGUAUUUUGGUAAAGAUUUACCUCAUACUAUUGUUGUAUUCGAGAAAACUUCUAUAGAUAAAAAUAAAUAUAAAAUAUCCGCGAAGGAUAAAGAUGUGAUAUUAAUCAAUCAAAAAGAAAUCAAAGAUAUUAAGAAAUUAAACGAAGGUUCAAUCUUCAAAGAAUAUUUUAAAAAUUACGAUGAUGAAUAUAAUGAUGGCGAGGCUGAUGAAAUUGCCAUGGAAAAUAUAAAUGUCAAAUUCAAAACAAUAAUUGAUGACAUCACAGAUACCAAUGUUAGUAAUGAUAGCAACGAUAUUUUCAAUGAGAACGUUGCAG